AUGACUGCAAAGAUUGAUAUAAAGACAGGAAGAGUUCGUUCCGUUCGGCCGGCAAAAACCUUGCGCGAGAGCAACCUGUCAGAAAGGACGCUGAGGAGUGAUGCAAAAGCACACGGAAAGAAAACAAAUAAGGCUUCAGCACGAACCACGUGCAAGGCAAGCAGCGAGCCGAAAAAGAGUCUGAAAGAAAGGAUUGAUUUCCGGCGAGAACCGCAACCAUCAGACAAAUCGCCCCAAGGCAAGGGGCGGUUUUUUUUCUUGGUUUUCUUUCUCCAGAGACGGACGGCACGGAACGGGACGUUUUUCUUGGCCAAAUACCGGGUGACUCCUGCACGGGCUGAGCACGAAACAAACAACGGCACGGAUCGGAUUAAUACACUUGUCAAGCCAGCGACAAACGACGCACAUCGAGUGGAUACAAUUGUUGUUUCAGGCGCGAAGGAAGGCGCAAAUCUAGCAGACACAUUCAUCGCGCAGGCAACGGACUUCGACAGGGAUCGAGCCAACGCAUCUGGCGACCCUGAGAUAAACGACGGCACAGAUCAACUCGGCGCGACUCACACGAACGAGCCAAGCGUUGGUACGCAGGGCGUCGGCGUAAGACAAGGAGUGGAAGCAUUCCACUACUGGAGUGAAAAGACGGGGGAUUGGCCGCCCGUAUCGAACGACUGUUUCCUGAGCCGACGGAGACGAUCCUACGAUACCGUGUGACGUCGAGUGCAGACAUGUCGAUGGUGAGUACGUUCCAUCACUGGGGAUGAAGGCGAGGAGUGAGCUGAUAGAGUGAGCGGAGAUUAGGUUCAGAUCGAAGUGGAAAAUGGUGGAGGAAUAAAGUGAAGGAGGAGUGAUUAGAGGAAGAGUGUAGAAGAUAAGAGCAUGACUUGGGGCGUGUGAAACUGUGUCACAAUAAAUUUAUGUAUGAGCAAAUUUUGUGGUUCUUUAUUGGUAUGUGGAAAUGCAACAUUGGCGCCCAACGUGGGGCCCGAACCCACGACCCUGAGAUUAAGAGUCUCAUGCUCUACCGACUAUCGACCAAUUAGUUUACUCUCUUCUAUUAGUAAAUUAUUUGAAAAAAUCAUCCUAACUAGAAUGAUGUCUCAUAUCAAUGAGAAAUCUAUUUUUCUUCCUGAGCAGUUUGGAUUUCGUAUUGGACAUUCAACUACUCAUCAGCUUGUGACAGUAACUAACAUGAUAAAGGCAAAUAUCUCAGAGGGCUAUUCCACUGGAGUUGCUCUUCUAAACAUCGAAAAAGCUUUCGACAGUGUUUGGCACAAAGGAUUAAUUGUCAAAAUUUGGGAUUUCAAUUUUCCAAUUUAUAUAAUAAAGAUAAUUGAAAAUUAUCUUACUAACCGUACCCUACAGGUUUCUUAAUACAAUUGUAAAUCUAAUAAGCUACCCGUUAAAGCAGGCGUCCCUCAAGGAUCAAGCGUCGCACCAAUACUAUACAAUAUUUUUACCUCUGAUCUUCCAAAUCUACCUACAGCCUGUAAAAAGUCUGUGAUGAUACUAGCAUCUCAGCCACUGGUAGGAGUCUUCGUAUUAUUUGCAGUCGACUGCAACGAAGCUUAAAUAUUUUCAAUGAUUACCUGAAAAAAUGGAAAAUUUCCGCUAAUGCGGCAAAAACACAAUUGAUUGUGUUUCCGCAUAAGCCAAGAGCUUCUUCUCUUAAACCAAAUAAUAACCAUAUUAUUAAAUUUAAUGGUUUGAAUUUAACGUGGUCAGAUCAAGUUAAAUACAUGGGUUUGAUUUACGAUAAAAAACUCACUUUUAAGGAUCACAUUGAAGGAAUCCAAACAAAAUGCAACAAAUAUAUAAAAUGUUUAUACCCUCUUAUAAAUAGGAAUUCUUGGCUCUGCCUAAAGAACGAACUAUUAAUUUAUUAAGAAAUAUUUAGACCGGCAAUGCUAUAUGCAGUGCCAAUCUGGGCAAGUUGUUGUGCUACUAGGAAGAAAACGCUUCAAAGGAUUCAGAAUAAAAUUCUGAAAAUGAUUUUGAAGCGUCCUCCCUGGUUUAGCACAAAUGAGUUGCACAGACUCGCAAACAUAGAAACAUUAGAAAUUAUGACCAACAGUAUUAUAAGAAACUUCCGACAAAAAUCGUUGCAAUCAGAGUUGAAAAUAUUCAAAUUCAUUGAAUGAAAAUUGAUCAUAUUCAGCCGCAUUCAUUUUCAAUAUUCAGUGACGCAGCUGAAAACGUCAAACGAACAAACGCCCAUUCAUCCAUGCACAUUUUCAUUCGUCUCCGAUUAUUACACGAAGCAACCGUGCAGCAACGAAUCAAACGCUUCAAAGUAGGCCCUGGCACAAUGUAAGCGAUGAUGAUUGUUGUUUCAUAUGUUUUACCGGCAUUUGAAAACAUUUUUCUAGAUUAUUAGCGAAAUGAAUAUAUUGUACGAUAUUCAACUGAAUGAAUAAGAUGGAUAGUUGAAUGAAUAUUUUUUCUAUUCACCGCGAGCCGCAACAGGUUCAUUUUCAGUCGUCAACAAAAGGCUUCGAUUAUUUUUAACUCUGGUUGCAAUCUUCAAUUGCAACGAUUAGCUCUCUUUAUAGUUUAUAAGUUAGUUUAUAAGAUUUGUUUAGCUCCUUAUUCGGAAGACAAGUAGGUUUAAAACAUCCUACUGAAAAAAUACUUAGCUGCGAAAGCAUAUUAUAACUUAAUAAUAAUUAACUAAAUCAUGUAAACAAUAGGGACAUUCGUAACCGAACGUUGUACCGAGAAACAAGUGUUUUUUGUUCUCUCCGGUGUGGUUUAGUUUUUUCGGUAGUACGAAGGUGCUGCAGUAAAGCAUUACUAAAAAAAUCCCGCGAGUGAUAAUUAUUACCUGCGAUAUCGGUGAAGGUAGUGCAGUGAAGUGCGUUACUAAACAGUUUUCUUGCCUGAAAGACGGCUUUGUUUAGACGAGCUAUAUCAGCUCUCUUUUGUGUGAAGGUCACGCGGGUGACGGAUAAAACAAACGAAGGAUCAAUUCACCUACCAGCUCGUCAGGAACCAACUGGUGAAGUGUUUCGUUUUUACAUUUCUUACAAAAGAAAUGUAUAGGAUUCGCUCAAACUUUGAAAACUUUUUCCGAGGCCCGGAGGGCCGAGUCUCAUAUACCAAUCGACUCAGCUCGACAAAUUGAGACAAUGUCUGUAUGUGUGUGUGUAUGUGUGUAUGUAUGUAUGUACAAAAUGUCAUGUAAUUAUCUCAGCAAUGGCUGAACCGUUCUUAAUUAAAUUAAUUUCAAAUAAAAGCCCUAACGUUGCCAUUUGACACUAUUAUUUUUGAUUUUCGAUAUGUUGUUUACUUUCUGAGAUAUGGGCGUUUUUGUGAAAACACAGCAGGUUUUUUACGAAUAACUUUUGAAAAUUGCAAUAUUAUCUGACA